AUGCCUCGGAGGAGCAGGUGGAUGCAUUUGGCCGCGGGGGUCGCUCUCGGCGUAACCUUCGGGAUCUUUCUCAAGUUGUGUUUAAGGACUUCAUCCAGGACGACGAUUGAGCCAUGUCCGGAAUCGGCAAAGUUAGUCGAUGCCGACCCUCUCGCCCUGAUCGGCUUAUUGCCAAACGAGACUGUUCACAACUCGAACAGGACAUUAGUGUUCGUGGGUGUCAUGACAGCUGAACAAUAUUUAGGUUCUAGAGCAAAAGCAGUGUAUGAAACCUGGAGCCAGGACUUGCCUGGUCGAAUCGCGUUUUUCAGUUCGGAAGUGUCGCGUGCGCCUGGUUUACCUUUAGUUCCCUUGCGUAAUGUGGACGACAGUUAUCCUCCGCAGAAGAAGUCUUUCUUGAUGUUACUGUACAUGUACGAGAAGUAUGGGGAUAAGUUCGAGUGGUUCAUGCGUGCGGAUGAUGACGUGUAUGUGAGAGGUGAUAAGUUGGAGGAGUUUUUGCGUUCGGUGGACAGCAGGAAACCUCAGUUUAUCGGGCAGGCCGGUCGAGGUACUAGUGAUGAACGAGAUGCUCUGGCUCUGGACUACAAUGAGAACUUCUGUAUGGGUGGGCCGGGUGUGUUGUUCUCUCGGGAGACGUUGAAAAGGGUGGCGCCUCACGUGAAGUACUGCCUGAAGCACCUGUACACGACGCACGAGGAUGUGGAGCUGGGCCGCUGUGUCGCCAAGUUUGCCGGAGUGUCGUGCACGUGGAGUUAUGACGUGAGUACUACUAUAUUGUACUAUACUUUACUUUAG